AUGAAGCCAGCCGAAUCUCAGAAAGUAGUGUUGUACUGGCACAGAACAGACCUCCGUCUCCACGAUUCACCAGCUCUACACGCAGCCCUAGCACUGAAGCCCUCAAUCUUCAUCCCAGUAUGGACAUGGGACCCGCACUACGUCUACAAAACCCCCGUCGGGCCAAACCGCUGGGCCUUCCUAUUAGAAUGCCAAAGAGACCUAUCAGCAUCCUACGCAAAGCUAAACAAGAAGCAAAAACUCUGGGUCGUGCGCGAAGCGCCGCAGACCGUGCUGCCGAAGCUAUGGGAGGUGUGGGGAAUUACGCAUCUGGUAUUUGAGAAGGAUACAGAUGCGUACGCGCGUGAGCGGGACGCGGCCGUCAUGAAGCUUGCGGAGGAGGCUGGCGUUGAGGUUGUUGUUGAGAUGGGGAGGACAUUGUUCGAUCCUGAUGAAUUAGUUAAGAAGAAUGGGUUUAAGCCGACUAUGAGUAUGAGUCAGGUUCAGCAUGCUGCCGAAAAGAUUAAUGGUGGGAAGCCGGCGAAGCCUCUUGAUUCUCCGUCUGAUAUUCCUGAUCCGUGGGGUGGGGACAGGAUGGACAUUAGUAGUGUUCAGCAUGAGGCUGCUGCUGAGGCUGAGUCUGAUAUCAACGCGGAUCAUCGUGUUACGGAGGAGAGCCAGUAUACGAAGAUUAUGGGGCCGAGUGAUGAGUUUAGCGUGCCGACGCUUGAGGAAUGCGGGAUUGAUCCCUCGCAGGUGAAGACUCCUCAUAGAGGUGGAGAGACAAUUGCCUUGAAAGCGCUGGGUGAUUUAAUCAAGGACUCCGAGUACAUCGGCAAUUUCGAGAAGCCAAAGACCUCACCUGCUGAUUUCGAGCCUCAGUCUACGACGCUCCUUUCGCCACAUCUACAUUUCGGUUCGUUGUCUGUGCGGAAAUUCUGGUGGGAUGUGCAAGAUGUGUUUAACAAGCGCAAGGCGCAUCAUAAAACGAAUGCGCCGAUUCCAACUAAUAUCCCCGGUCAGCUGCUCUUUCGGGAUAUGUAUUUCGGUGCGCAGGCUGAAGUGGGUCAUGCCUUUGCUCGAACUCAUGGGAAUAAAGUUGUCAGAUUCAUCGAUUGGCAUUUGCAGUCGAAGAGUCCUGAGGAAAUCGCAGUGGGAGAUGGUAGUGUUUAUGAAAUUGAUUCGCCUGAGGCGGAGGAGUGGUUCCAACGCUGGAAGGAGGGGCGGACUGGAUUCCCUUGGAUUGAUGCUUUGAUGCGACAACUGAAGCUGGAGGGGUGGAUCCAUCAUCUUGGAAGACAUAGUGUUGCUUGCUUCCUGACUCGUGGAGGCUGCUAUGUGAGCUGGGAGCGAGGAGCUGAUGUAUUUGAGGAAUUGCUGAUUGACCAUGAGGCAGCUUGCAAUGCUGGCAACUGGAUGUGGCUUUCUUGCACGGCCUUCUUUGCGCAAUAUUAUCGUUGCUACUCACCAAUCGCAUUUGGGAAGAAAUGGGACCCUGAGGGCUCCUUCAUCAAGCGGUAUUGCCCCGAGUUGGCUGACUUCGACAAGAAAUACAUAUACGAACCUUGGAAAGCGCCAAUAUCAGACCAGAAGAAAUGGGGUUGCCGGGUUACGGGGGAUGGAAAAGACAACGGGAUUCCGGAUGGAGACUGGAAAUUAUAUCCAAAACCGAUGUUUGAUUUUGAUAAAAGAAGGCAAAUCUGUCUUGAUAGUAUGAAGUAUGCAUAUGAUGUAGGUAUGCAUGGAGACGACAGUAAGGUCUUGGAUGGAACGUGGCGAGACUCUUUUGAAAAAGACCGCUCAGAUGAUGAGAAGCCGAAUAAACGGCGUAAGACAUGA